AUGCUUGUUAGCCUUUUAUUGAGUUGCAGUACCUUUGCUGUGGCUGCUUCGCUGUGGUCGUCAAAGCCAGCAUCUUGGGAUACUACCAAUGAAGCUUUUCUUAUUGGGAAUGGAAAACUUGGAGUGAUGCCAUUUGGGGAAGCGGGAACUGAGAAACUCAACCUCAAUUACGAUGAUCUUUGGAGUGGAGGACCAUUUCAAGUUGAUGAAUACCGUGGAGGAAACCCAAAUUCAAGCAUGGUUGACAUCUUGAACGAUAUCCGCUCUGAGAUCUGGAAAAAGGGAACAGGAAAUGACACCCGACUACAUGGAGAUGAAAGUGGUUAUGGCUCCUACCACUCAUUAGCCAAUCUUACUGUUCAUAUCGAGGGUGUAUCUGCUGUGACCGGAUACAAUCGAUCUUUAGAUCUGCGCAGUGGGAUACACACAACCAGUUACUCAACAGCAGAUGGCAUCUACACCACUUCCAUUUAUUGCAGCUAUCCCCAUCAGGUCUGUGUCUAUCACUUGAUAUCUCCCGUCGCGCUGUCAAAUGUCUCAGUUUGGUUUGAUGAGCUUGUGGAAUCAGCAUCCCUAUACAAUACAACUUGCGGGUCCUCGUUCGCCCGCUUGCGUGGAAUCACACAAGAAGGACCUCCACUUGGGAUGGUAUAUGACACCAUUGCACAAAGUUCCUUGCUGGGUGUCUGUGAAAAGUCGACAGGUCGUCUACGAAUCAACUCUUCCAGCAAAGCAUUGUCACUGGUUAUAGCGGCCGGAACAGACUUCGACGCUACCAAAGGCAAUGCAGCCAAUGGCUUCACUUUCCGAGGCGACGAUCCAGCAGAAAAAGUUCAACAGCUCACCAAUACCGCUCAGAAAAUCCCAGAGUCGAAGCUGCGAGCUGAACAUGUGGCCGACUACAGUUCGUUGGCAAAUGCGUUCAUCUUGGACUUGCCAGACACUCGAGGCUCAUCUAAAGUGGAAUUCUCAGAGCUUAUCACAAGAUAUAGCGCCAAAUCUAUCGCGGGUGAUCCCUUCUUGGAGAAACUGAUGUUCGAUUAUGGGAGGCAUCUGUUCAUCUCAUCCUCACGACAGAAUAGUCUGCCUCCGAAUCUGCAAGGAAUCUGGAGCUCGACGCAGAGUGCAGCGUGGGGUGCAGACUAUCAUGCCAACAUCAACCUGCAAAUGAACAUGUGGGGUGCAGAGGCUACCGGAUUAGGAGAUCUGACGGUAUCUGUUUUCAAUUACAUGGAGCAAACGUGGAUGCCUCGAGGUGCAGAAACCGCCCAGCUGCUUUAUGGAGGGGAUGGGUGGGUAACGCACAAUGAGAUGAAUAUCUUUGGUCAUACAGGAAUGAAAACUUGGCAAACUUCAGCAGACUAUCCUGCAGCACCGGCAUGGAUGAUGCAGCAUGUUUGGGAUCAUUAUGACUACACCCGUGACAGCAAGUGGCUCCGCAAACAAGGCUGGCCAAUGCUGAAAGGUGUUGCCAAGUUCUGGCUAUCCCAGCUCCAGUCAGAUCAAUUCACUAAUGACAGCUCUCUUGUUGUCAAUCCCUGCACAUCACCAGAGCAUGGCCCCGUCACUUUUGGUUGCACCCACUGGCAGCAGCUGAUCUACCAGGUAUUUGAAACCAGUCUCCAAGCUGGACAGUUAGCGCAUGAUAGCGAACAAAAGUUCUUCACUGAGGUGAAAAGCAAGCUAUCGAAGCUCGAUAAGGGCCUUCACAUUGGCUCUUGGGGAGAGAUCAAGGAAUGGAAGUUACCUGAUAGCUACGGGUACGACAAGGAAGGUGACGAGCAUCGCCACCUCUCCCAUUUGGUUGGCUGGUAUCCAGGAUGGACCAUUUCAUCAUAUCAGCAUGGCUAUGCCAAUGCUACAAUCCAGGACGCUGUCAAUACAUCUCUCACCAGUCGCGGACCUGGAAUUUCAGACUCCAAUGCUGGAUGGGAAAAGGUCUGGCGAUCUGCGUGUUGGGCCCUUCUCAACAACACAGAUCAAGCAUACUAUGAGCUUCGUUUGACUAUCGAUCAGAAUAUUGGUCAAAGUGGUCUGUCGUUGUAUAGCGGUGGAGAUACACCUAAAGGGCCUUUCCAGAUCGAUGCCAAUUUCGGAUAUGUUGGUGCUGUGCUCAGCAUGCUUGUUGUGGAUUUGCCUCUGGAUAGCUCGAGUUCCGAUUCUACUUGGCGCACUGUGGUUCUCGGUCCAGCUAUUCCUAAGAGUUGGGCUGGUGGUAGUGUUCGAGGCCUUCGUCUACGAGGGGGUGGAAGUGUGGACUUUUCUUGGGAUGAUAACGGUGUGGUUGACACGGUGCAGGCCAAGGGAGUUGCGAAGAAUAUUCAUCUGGUGAAUGUCAAGGGGAAGUCGUUAGUAUGA